AUGAACCCAGUCAUUAUAGACCUGUGUAACUCGUCGCGAUUUCCCGAGUUUGUUCGAGCACGCAACGCCCGGCUCGUUAUGAGCAACGUCGUUCCUGACGGUCUAGAAAUCACUGAAGCCCAGCCCUAUUGUAUCUGGAACCCGGAUUUUGCCGAAGAGGAUACUUAUCGCCAAGUCGCUCAACGGUACCCCUCUAUGCGCUAUCAGGUCGGUCGGGCUUGUGCUGCUGCUGGCUAUAUCAACCUCUAUCGGGAGCUUGACCAGCUUCCCGAUGUCUCUAUCGCCGAAGAGGCACGGGAGGGGAAUACGGAAGGGGGGGAUCAGAUCUACCAGUUGAUCAUGUCCUCGCCGCUGAAAUAUGCCCUAGAGUGGCGGUUUACGCUUGAAGAAGAUUCUAUUGAGGAAUUUCCCCCCGAGGAGAUUGACAUUGAAGAGGAUCGGUACAUGGGCCCCGAAUAUAGCGAGCCAGAUGAGUCUCGUUAUGAUGAUGUUACCCCGCAAGAGGCCACACUACUUUGGGAGCCUCUGCCCCUCGAUCCACCAACGCUGAAGAAGGACCUGAACACCCGAUCUCAGAAGGAAAUGGGCGAGACCGAAGCCCGUUGCGUUGUCCGUGGCAUUUAUCAUAACAGGAUGUUUGCUCGGUGGUGGCAGUGUAAUCUCAGCGAUGCUGAUUGGUGCGAUAUUCAAGAGGCCAUCAAUGCCCGCCGUGUCAUGAUUAAUGACAUUGGAACAUUCACCGAAGACACCCCCUAUAAGCCUUGGCUUAUAUGGUGGCCCCUCAAACCGGAGUCAUCUGCACUAAGUCAUCUUGCCGAGAGAUGCCCUUUUAUGCACGUGCAGCUCGCCAUUGCCGCUAUCUAUUGCGACUACCGUGGGAGGAUCUGGAAAAAGCGUGCAAAAGAGUUGGGAAUAAUUCCUGUUGAUCAAAAACCUGUGAUCUAUUCCGGGGAUGAGACUCAUGCAACUUUAGCCCUUGAUAUGGAGCCCACUGGGAACGGGCAUUAUACUCGCCUCCGCGCGGACCUUAUGGAUCAGCGAUUCGGAGGAUACUUUAGACGCCGAAUACCGUUUGGGGGCUAUGUUGAGAGAUAUGUCUGGCUUUCAUUCGAAACAAUUCGUAAACUUGUUUGUGAAUACGGACCGGAUGACUAUUUCGAAAGCAACGAUACUCACUGGUUUGAGACGCACGAAAUCUCGAAAGAUGAGAAUGGAAAUGAUAUCAUGUACGACAGCGAUGAGAAACCGGAGGGUGACGAUUCAAAUCCCAAAUAA